AUGACAGAGAAGCUCGGCAAGGUCUAUGAGAAAACCUUUGCAGAGAUUCGCUCCUCACUGUCAGGAGACACCUAUGCCAAUGUCCAUGACUGGAUGCAGGCAGAGUACUUGGCGAACCCUGCCCAGCUGAUGUCUGAGCUGAAGGAGCUGGAGGGUGAGUGCCGGCAGAUACUUGGGCUCCCAGGCUCCAGCAACAUCCAGAGCACAGUCCCUGACUCCUUGGUGACUGACCAAGAUGUACCCCGACGCUUCAAGUUGGCCCUGUGGCAGUUUGGCUUCCUGGCUGAAAGCCAGCUCAAGGGGCCUGUCCAGUCAUACGCAGUGUCCCUCACCUGCACCCAGCGAGACAACUUGCAGAAGCUGAUGGUGUUCAAGAGAGGCUCAGAAGUGCAGCCAUUCACGGUGGCACUGGCCAUCGGAUCUGCUACAGUCAUGAGCUGCUUUCUGUUCGCAAUCUUCAGCAAAAGGCUCGACAUUCUCGCAGAGCACAUCACGGACGAAGAACUGCAAAGGGAGUUGGCCUUGCGCCUGAUGAAGACCCUUGUGCUCCACACGACGAGCUCUGGAGAUGACAAUCCCGACAGAAGAAUGCUUCAAAGCCUGGGGGAGAAGCGUGCAGCUGCGCAGCGCACGCAUCCGAGCCCCUUCCAGCACUGGUCUAGGGAGCAGCGCCUGCGCGACCUCAUCCGUGAGCAGAACGCAUCCGCGGUGUCAAAAGCUCGAGUGGGCACAGAGGAGAUGUCAGUGAUGAUAUUCCUGGACAGCCCUGAGACCAGGAAAAUCAUUGCGGCAGCCCACCAGAGCGAGGCGCCGCAGUUCACGGCGUUCCCGUUGUCGCUUCUCACCAAGGACUUCUUGCACCCGAAGAAAGAGGAGAACCCGGUCUGGCAUGCGAUCCACGGCCAUUCCUGGGAGAAGGUCGAGUGGUGGGCCCGAAGGGUCUAUGGCAAAUGGGAGCAUAAGAUCUCCCAAGUGAUCCAGGCUGGGCAGGUUCCAGCCGUCAAGAGCUCGACAGGCUGCGCGCCCUUCCGAGAUUCCGGCAAAGAACUGGAAAUCUACUGCAUGGCCCAGCUCAUGCAGCACUACAACCACGCCUUCGUGAAGAUGUUGCCACAGGACCGCUACAAAGAGCUCAUGACCAUGUGGAACAGUGGCCUGGUGGACUCGAAGGUCAUGCCCGCCAUCAUGGCGAAGCGCAAGGAAUUUGAGCCGAGGGAUCUCGCCUUCCUUGCCCUGCAAGACGAUCGAGCUCCCCGCAACUUCCUCAAUCCAGCAGGGACUGCUGAAAAGCAGGAAGCUCUCAAGCGCCUGGUCAAGCAGCUCCAGCAUGAGCAGCGCGCCUGGCGGGUGUACUUGCAGAAGGCAAAGGCCUCCGACGACAUGCAGAGGGGCGACUGGAACGUCCAGGUGGCGAGGCAGCAGGAGCGCCUUGAGGAGGCCUGGCAGAGCCUCAGCAGUGCCUGGUGUGUCACGACAGCCGCCAAGGACCUCAGCACAGCCAUGCCACACGUCGCUGCCCACCGGCACAUGCUGGCAGAUGCGGCAGAUGCUGUCCAGGUCCAUCAAGUGGUUCAAGUGUUCGAGUGGAACAUUCCAAAGGCAGGUGGGGAAGCCUCCAAGAAGGCGGAAGAAGCUGCAAAGGCCAUCGCCCUCUCAUGCAGCACUGACCCGCAGAUGGCUAUUCACAUAGUGAUCCCGCCUUGCCAGCCAUGCUGCGGGAAGAUGGACAGCUCAGGAGACGAAAGGGUGGAGAGCACAGCCAGGCAUGUGGAGCUGUGGCUGGAUCAACUUUCAAAGCCUGAGCACAAGCUCCUCAUCCGCAAGGUGAGGGUGACCUGGAGCGCGGAGACAUUUUACAGCCCAGAGCGGGAGCUUGCCUGGGAAGCAUGGAUCACACUGUCAUCCACGACCAGGGUGCCCAACAAAGCCAGCUCCUUCAAUCACGUGCUGGGCAACAGCCCACUUCUGAAGCGCGGUGCUUUUCCAGUUUUCAUCAACGCCAUGGCUCGGAAGGACUUCCGCAACUGGAAGGUGCCGCUGGGCUUCGAUGGUGCUGGAGGCUCCAACAACGCCUUGUCCAUUGAGCAGCUGCAGUGGUUCAGCGGCUCUGAGCUCCACUCACAGUUUUUGCGCCACCUCUUCAUGGGCUCCAGCUUGGGGAAGCAGAGCCGGGUUCAGGUCAUCGACAUGUUUCUUCUCGACGACCAGCCUGGAACAAGUGUGGUGGACUUGAACUGCCUCAGCGACCGCGGGCUUCCUCAAGUCGGGUACUGUGGAAUAGUGUGGAUCCAAGAGAAAGCACUUGUGAGGCAGGGGUUUGGUGUCCAAAAAUGUUUCUGGGAGGCCUUCCACCUCCAAGUGCCUAGAGCCUUCAGGAAUGUCAUCCUGGAGAAUGUCACCACAUCCCUCUCUAACAUGUACAAGGAAAAGCUCCGACAGAAGACGCUGCUCUUGGAGACGGGGGUCGUCGUCCCGGAGGUUGGCCAGGGGGCGGGUGCACAGCACGCAAAGCCUGAGUAUGACCCCAAGGACUUUGAGCUGUGCUGGCCAAGGGCAAAUCAGGAGCUUCCACUUCGGCAGACCACUGUGGAUCAGGCAGAGAAGCUCAAUGGCAUCUCCAUCACAGACUCCAGUGGUCAAGGGAUCCAGUGGUCCAGCCUUCAAAAGGCCCACAACGACGAGUUCUGCCCCAGCGGUGAGGCCUACAACCCUGCCAGCAACAAGAGGAGCCCAGAGUGCAGCACCGAGCCUCCAGAUGGCCUGCUGAGCACUGGAGUUGCCACGGACGACUUCCAGCUGAUCUUGGCACCUGACGGCUCUCUUUACGUCAAAGCCCUCAAAGACUCCUGCCUGGAAAGCAGUGCAGCACUGUUCCUGUGCAAAGGCACGUACAAAACUGGAGCAACCGCCAAGGCAGAGAAGGGCAAGCCUGGCUCCGCUUUCAUUCCCUCCGAGAUGAGCCAGGACACCUUGGUGGUUGUCGACUUGGGCGGCACCCGCUGUCCGAACGGUGCUCCUCCCAGUUUUCCAGUGCCUCUUGGAGCUGCCUUGCAAUGGUUUGCCGGCGCGCGUCUUCAGGUCGGUGCAAUUUUCAAGCACAAGGUCUUCGAGGUCGAGGGCAAGUUCAAGGUAGCCGCCACAGAUGAUGUCAUCUACCAGCUGGAUGUGAGCCGCAAAGAUAUGGACCCAAAGGCAGUGAUUGCAAAGGAAGCACUGUCCAGCUACGUUGACUAUAGCAAGCUCACCCAUCUCAAGGCAAUCCAGCGGGUGAAGUAUGAUGAGAGUGGUAAGGCGCUCAAGCAAGGCAUUCCCGCUGUUCACGCAUCCCAGUCAAUUCGUCUCAAAAAGGACGAAGUGUAUAAGAUGUAG